AUGUCAAAAGCUAAAGAACACAAUUUAUCUGUGAUAAUUCUCAAUCCAAAUCAAACAAGUUAUAUUGAUGAAGAAGAAGAUAUUUUGGAAAAUCACAACGAAGAUCUUCUUCCUUUUUAUUUAUCAUCUAAACCACUUCCUCAUUCAUCAUCAAAACCAAUUCCUAAUCUAUCUACAAGUUAUGAACAUAUUCUCUAUGCAUAUGAUAAUAUAAUCUCAAAAUUUUCUCCAGCAAAAAAAUUCUAUAUUGUUGCUCAUUCAGCUGGUGGUGAUAAUCUCAUGCAUUUAUUACGUCAGCGUCAAGAUUUAGUUUUAUCUAAAUUAGCUAAAAUAGCUUUUAUUGAUUCUAUUCAUUCAAUAAGUGUAUCCGAUACAGAUGAAAUAAAAGAUUUCUUGAAGUUAAAUGCUAUUCAUUUUAUUGCUAGUGAUAAGCCAAUGGGAGAAGUAAUUCAAUUGUCAAAAUCUCCGAUUUGUCGUGAAGCAUCUGCUGGUCAUACAAAACAUGAAUAUACAUCUGGUUCUUGUAUUAAUGGUGUUUUCGAUUUUUUCUUUUAA